AGCGGAGUCGGAGCGAGUUUUCCAGAAGGGCGGAACAUAUGCUCUAUAAAUACGAGACUUCAGUAUUCAGGAGUUCAGUCUAUUAGUGCCAUCGCACGUGGAACAAACACACAGCACUAAACAUCAACAGACAUGUCUCUGGAACGCCAAGUCCGCGCUAAGCUCGCUUCCAAGCGUAACCCUGAACAAGAGAAGGAGGCUCAGGGAUGGAUUGAAGGCGUCCUUGGCGCUAAAUUCCCUCCCGGUGAACUCUUUGAGGAUGUGCUCAAGGAUGGAACCGUUCUAUGCCAGCUCAUCAACAAACUAAAGCCAGGAUCAGUCAACAAAAUCAACACAUCCGGCGGACAGUUCAAAAUGAUGGAGAACAUCACAAACUUCCAAUCUGCCAUCAAAGCGUAUGGUGUUCCAGACAUCGACGUCUUCCAGACUGUGGACCUUUGGGAGAAGAAAGACAUCGCGCAAGUCGUCAGCACACUCUUUGCUCUCGGCCGUGAGACCUACAGACAUCCUGAAUGGAACGGCCCCUACCUAGGACCCAAGCCAGCUGAGGAAUGCAAGCGCGAUUUCUCUGAAGAAGUCCUGAAAGCCGGUCAGACCAUUGUUGGUCUCCAAGCCGGAUCCAACAAGGGCGCCACUCAAUCCGGUCAGAACAUUGGAGCCGGACGUAAAAUCCUCCUUGGCAAGUGAACACUUCGCCUCUAAAUCUCACAAAGUGAUACUAAGUUAAGGUUAUUGUACAUAACUGUACUUCUGACGCUCUUGUAAGACUGCAUCUAGUGCUCUAGUCAUCACGUGUAAGAUUGAUUGUUCUCUUUUCUAUGAAGAUAGCAUGUAACUUACCUAAUCGGUAAUAUCUUGUCAUGUAGCACCAUUUCGGUUUUGUAUUUAGCGUAAGAAAUUGUAUUUAUUUCCAUUUUAUUAUAGUUUUUUUUUUAAUAUAAUAAAAUAUUUAUUUACCUA